UCUGCACACCCCUUCGAUCAUCCCGCUGCAGCCGAUCGAGAGAAAAACCUAAAUUCUCCCCGGCCGCCGCCGCCGCCGCCGCCGCCGCCGCCGCCGCUGCUGCUUCGAUCCCUCGAGAUUUGUCCUUGCGUUCGCAGCGGAGGUUUCGCCAUGGCCAGAAGCUCUUUCAAGAUGGAGCAUCCCCUCGAGAGGAGACAAGCCGAAUCUGCACGAAUCAGGGAGAAGUAUCCCGAUAGAAUUCCUGUGAUUGUCGAGAGGGCUGAGAAGACUGAUGUACCCGACAUUGAUAAGAAAAAGUAUCUAGUUCCUGCUGACCUUACGGUUGGCCAGUUUGUGUAUGUUGUUCGAAAGAGGAUCAAGCUAAGUCCAGAGAAAGCUAUUUUCGUCUUUGUUAAGAACAUUUUGCCACCCACUGCUGCUAUGAUGUCUGCAAUUUAUGAGGAAAACAAGGAUGAAGAUGGCUUUCUCUACAUGACCUACAGCGGCGAGAAUACUUUCGGUUCCCUUUGAAGCAUGACUUAGUUAAAAGCCUUUAAUGAAAAGCUUUGCAAUGUAUAUAUGGGAAGCAGUGCCAGCUUCAAAUGUAAAUUCUUUGCAUCCGCUUAUCUUUGAUGUCUAGCUCUUUUACUUGAUGCUCCUUUAAUUUUACGUUCUGGUCAAUGUCAUCUAUAAGACUUGGAUAAUUUUGUCCUCUCUCCCUCUCUCCCUCUCUUCUCUCAACUAUGCAGGGUUUUGGUUGA